UGUCGUGAGAGAAUAUUCUGUGAUUUUUACCACCGAAAUGUCUGUAAUUACCAUUUUGGUGAACCUGCAAUGGCGAACGUGAAGGUAGCUGUACGUGUGCGUCCACCCAGCAAAAAAGAGGUGGACGCAGGAGCUACCAGUAUUGUUGAUGUCAAUGCAGAUGUCUUAAGCAUUACAAACCUCAAGAUCCACAGCUCCGAGGGUGACAGAAACAGGGAGCGAGUCAAGAACUACUCGUUUGAUCAUUGCUAUAACUCGGUAGACAGACACUCAGAUAACUAUGCAUCUCAGGAGCUGAUAUAUCAAGAGCUAGGAACAGAAGUUCUGAAUGCGUCUUUUGGUGGAUACAAUGCCUGCCUGUUUGCUUAUGGACAGACAGGGUCUGGGAAGACCUACACAAUGAUGGGCGAUGAGGUGGAUAUAGGACUGAUACCCAGGAUCUGUGAGGGAAUGUGCAGCAGGGUGGAUGACCUAGAACACGGUGUUACCUUCAAGAUUGAAGUCAGCUACUUAGAAAUCUACAAUGAGAGAGUGCGAGACCUUCUUGCCUUAUCCAAUACCACCAAGUACACAUUGAAGGUUAGAGAACAUCCAAAAGAUGGUCCUUAUGUACAAGAUCUCACAAAACAUAUGGUGUCCGACUUCAACUCUGUCAUGAUGCUGGUAGCGCAGGGCAACCGGAACCGCACUACUGCUGAGACCCAUAUGCAUGAAGCUAGCAGUCGGUCACACGCGAUAUUCACUCUCAACUUUGUACAGGCCAAGAUGGUGAACAACUUGCCAAGUGAGAUCGUUAGCAAAAUUAACCUGGUGGACUUAGCUGGAAGUGAGCGAGCCAAUCUGAACUACAGCAAGGGUAGACUACAAGAAGGAGCCAACAUUAAUAAGUCACUUGUCACUCUGGGAAACUGCAUCUCAGCACUAGGCAUGCCAGAAGAGGAUGACGACGCGGAGAGUUCAAUGAUGCUAUCAGCAGCCAGUCUAGAAAGUUUAGCAAUGAGUGAAGACGGAGAGGUAUCAAGCCCCAAACGACGCCCUGGCUUUAUUCCAUAUCGGAACUCGGUGCUUACGUGGCUCCUUAAAGACAGCUUGGGAGGGAACUCCAGGACUAUUAUGAUUGCAACAAUAUCUCCAUCCAGUAUCUACUUCAAUGAAACAAUGAGUACCCUCCGCUAUGCCAGACGGGCGAAGAGAAUCAUCAACCAGCCUUUCAUUAAUGAGGACCCUAACGUUAGACUUAUUCGAGACCUACGGGCAGAGAUUAAUCGUCUCAGGGUUCUACUUCAGUCGGCUAGUCUUUCAAGUUCCCAGGCCUCGCUGGUGCAAGACGUUACCCUGAGUAAGAUGCUAGCUGAGAAUGAGCAGAAGGUGGAUCAACUGACUGAAGCCUGGGUGGAUAAAUGGAGGGAAGCCGCUCGAAUCAUGCAGGAGUGCAAUGUAGGAAUCCGUCGUGAGAGUAUGGGCGUCAUUGUUGAAUCUGAACUUCCUCAUCUGAUUUGUAUGGAUGAUGAUCUACUCAGUACUGGGAUUAUCCUGUAUCAUCUAAUGGAGGGUAAAACAGCCAUUGGAAGGGAAGAUGCUGAGAAAGAGCAAGACAUUGUGCUUUGGGGACCAGGGGUGGAGUGUCAACACGCAGUGAUUGUUAACCAAUCAGGGAAAGUUACAUUACAUCCAGUAGGACCAGCAGCUUGUGCAGUCAAUGGUAAUGAUGUCCAUGAACCAACUCCACUUAGCCAAGGUGCUGUCAUUCUUCUUGGGAAGACCAACAUGUUCCGUUUCAAUAACCCUGCAGAGGCAGCUAGACUGAGGGAAAAACGAGCCUCUUCGAUCAAACCCACGGAUGUGGAGGAAAUAAGACGUCCUCGGAAGAACAGUGUAACACUCCGAGUUCAUAAUAACAUCACUGCUGUCAUGGAGGAAGGCUCCAGACUACACACAUUAUCCUUGAGUAGAGAGUGUCCGCCUGAGAGCAGGGAUAGUCCCACAGUGAGAGGAAGAAGUCUGGAUACCGCACCAGAAGUGUCGGCAAUUAUGAUGUACAAUCCAGGGCUUGAACUGGAGAGACAACACAAGAUAAAAGCUGACAAAGUAGAAAGCACCAGGAAACGUCUGAAGGAGCUUGAGGACAAGGAACGUGUGGUUGAAGCAGCUCAUAAGAAGGAGGAGGAGAGAAUGAAAGUAGCUUAUGAGGAGCAGCAGAGGAUGAUACAAGAGCAGCAAGACCUCUUGGAGAGAUUGCGAGAGGAGCAUGAGAAAGUGAAGAAGGAUACGGAGCAAGACUUGGAGGAAAUGAGAGAAACGCUGAAGAGGGAGAAGGAGGAAGGUCAAAAGCAGCUGGAAGAGGAGUGUCAGUCCCUGAGAAAAGAUCAAACAAGGAAAGCUUCAGUUUCAGCAGCACUCUCACCGGUCAUCUGCCAAGAAACAGAGGAGACGACAGACCUAUCAUUGCUGGACGUUGACCGCAAGAGAUUGACCCAGAUGGAGUUAGUCCAGAGACAAUCGCAGAGGAAAGCUGAAGCAGUGUUAGAGCGCAGGCAAGCAGCUUUUGAGAGACAGCGUUCAGCAUCCCUGAGACUCAUUGAGCAAGAGGAGAGAAGACUCCAUGAGAUUGAGUGCCUUCCGUCUUUCAGUGAUCGAUACGCGAGUGCCUCUAAUGAUUCACUGGAUUCCUCGUUGAAGUGGGAAGAUGACACCAACAAUGGGGUUAACGGCAAGGAUGAUGAGAUUAGAGACAUGAUUGGCUGGGGCAGAGUGAGCCCUAUUGGGGGUCGGAGUGAUACUGACAGUGCCAGCAGUAAAGCUGCAUCAAACUCAUCAGAUAAGGAAGAUGGUACUCCUCGAACUACACAGACAGUGUGUCCUCCUCAAAACAAAACGAGCUCACAGGAAUCCCUACCUCAUAGAACUACAAAAUCAUCUCAAAGUAAAAAUGUGAACACUCCCUCUGUGCCCAGUAAAACCCAAGUGAGAACACCUCAACCAAAAGCAAAACCGAACUCAAACUCUGUGUUUUCAAGACUGUAUCAAAAACCAGCACCGAAAUUUGAUUUCUUGCAUCGUAAGCAACAGCAGGCCUACCUGGAUGGUCAAACUUCCGGGGAAAGAACUAAGCAAGAUGUCAAAGAUCCCCAGAGGAGACAAAGAUCUUUAACAGAUGGAGCUCAAAAUGUGAGUGCCAGGAGAAACCAAUCUAAUGGCCAGCUUGCACAUUCCAAACCUCAGAAGGCUGACGGCACACUGCCUUUGUCUCGCAGCCCAUCAAGAGACUCCAAGUCAAAACUGAGAACUAAAAGUGUUAGUCCUAGACUUGCAGGUGACAAAUUUCUUCAUAAUAGUAAGAAUUUGAGUAUUACCCCUGCCAUGAGGAAGCAAGAUGUUGUGAAGAAGGAGAAUGGUUCUCCAUCAACUUCAAGAGCAGAAAGCAAAAGUCCUGUCAAACCACAAACUCAGAGAAAAAGAGAUUCUCAAUCCCCAAGUAAAAAUCCACCGUCCAAAACUAAAACUGAUACAAAAUUAAGUGCAAAAGACCAACCAAAGACGUCAAGUGAACAGACCAGAAGACCUAGACGGACUAAAACCCCAUCAUCAGAAAGUGCAAUAGAAAAAUCAAAGAGACGAAAACCAGAAAAUGUUAAAGACCAAAAGAAGAAAGAAAAACAUUUGCCAAAAUCCCUUCCCAAUAUAAUGAAACCCAUUGCUAAAGCUGUUGAGAAACUGAAAUCAAAAUCCACCGAAAAUGCAGUGUCUUUUUUUGUUGGUGUAGGCGAUGAAACUGAGAAUGUACAAACAGAGCCAUUUCAUCAGACUAAGGACUCUAAAGAAGUGAUUCCAUUGGAUGUUGGUAGCAUUCUACAGGAGCAUGAACAAGGGCCUUUGAUUGAGCGGCAACCUGCCAUUGGCUGCUCAGAGCCAUCAGAGGACCUUGUUACAAUUCCUGCAGCCGUCUUAGACAUUGAUGUUACCUCACCGGAUAGUUUCUCAAGAGAACUUGAAGAGAUCUUGUCAGACUCUGACGAGUCUUACCCAGAUUCCUUGGAGGGGUGCCGUCCUGAUAGUCUUGAAGAUGACUCCAGUCUCAAGGAUGAGGAAUUGCCUCAAAGGAGAAGGAAGCAAGGCUUUUCCGUGGAUAAGAAAAACCUUGAUGACAAUCGUUUGGAAAUGGACAUACUUCUUAAGCCAGAAUUACAGCUCAACUUGCUGAAUACUUGUGGAGAUAAUGUUGCCAAACAUAACUCAGAUUCAGAGAUUGGGACAUCAGAUAUCCUUGCUAAAGAAGACCCUAGCACAGUAACCCCAUACAAGUACAUGCAAACUCCAAGUGGAUAUGUCUCUGAUCAUUCCAAUGAAAAGGAUGUUGACAAUUGCCGUGACGAUCAGGUAGUUCCAGUGGAGUUGCAUCCAGAUCAGUUCACUGCCAAUGAAAAUAAUCAUGUCAAAGAGAUUAAGUCCAGACCAGUUGAAGACACUGCGUCAUCAUGUGCAUCCAUGGAAUUAACAGUUUGUGACUCUGGUGUGUCAACAGAUGACAACAGUGUGUCUUCAGACCAGCCUCUGAACGGCAGCAUUCUUGAUACCAGGCCAACUGUAUUAACACCCGACCUGGAUAAAAACUUUGAUGUGUGGUUGCAGCAAGAAAUGAACGACGAUAACAGCCAAACACCUGUGGAAUUCAUCGACAACAACAAAACAAACUCCAGGAAGGAAAGAACAAGAUCCUGCCAAACAACUCCAGUGGAAAUAGGAUUGGAUGAAGUGACUUCAUUUGAGGCACCACUAUCGGAACAUGUGACUACAACACCCAGUCCAAGUGAAAACAACGUCAGAGAACAACAGCAGAAGGAAUAUGCUGUUAUUUCUGCUGGUAGUGAUUCCAACAUUCAGACAGAUGUUGAAGUGCCUGAGACAUUGCAUCCGUUGAACAUAGAGCAAUCUGAUGUUGAUGCGAAAACUUUAAAAACGGAUCCCCUACCUGAUUUGGAAAUGGAAUAUGCACCUAGAACCAUACCCUUAACAGAACACAAAUCCCAAACUGCAAAGAAAGACAUUGAAUCAAAACAAGAUAACAACAAUAGCACGGCUGUCAAAUUUCCUGAGGAAUCUGUCGCUGAUGAACUUAAUGCAGAAAAAUUAUUCCCUGUUCGAGUUAAAAGCAGUGGGUUAGAUAAAUCAAACUGCUCGUCAAAUCCUGCUAUGACCAUGGAAGAAGCUCAGCCCAAAGACAUUGCACCUUGUGAUCAGAAGGCUUUUAUUGCAAAAGAUGCACCCCCGGUUCGCUCUACAGUUUGGCAGAAAACAAAGAGGGCCUCAAGGAAACCAGAUGUAUUAAAGGAGCAUUCACCUCCAGCUAAAAAAUCUGGCAAGAAACCUAAAAAACGAAGAACACCUGUGAAGUUCAAAAAGGAUAAAAGACCACAAAAUUUCAGCAAAGCUCCUUCAGGAGGAGAUUUUGAGAAUGCUAUUUCUAUUUAUCCUUUAAGAGAAUCUAAAGAUGAAGUUGUCGAACCAAGAGGCCAGACCAGCCCUUUCUCAAGUUCUCUUUCAAGUUCAAGUGCAACAGGUGACUUUUCCUGUUCAGAAUCUUUACAUUCCAGAAGCCCUGAUGAUGAGGUUGCCCUGAUCAGUGACGGAGUAAGUGAUCCUCCAGAUCUGUCGGAUAAACCUGCUACGCCAACAGACUUAAUUCUUAAGCCUUUACCAAGCCCCAAGGAACUGGUAGAGUCAGUCUUUUGGGGCUCUUUAAGUAACACAAGCGAUUCCAAUGAAGAUGAUAAUGAAGGGAUAUUCAUUGAUGGUGGCGAAAGUCUCAUUGAGCCACUCGAGAUCCUGGAGAAUGAAUUUGGCCAGAGUUCAGAGUUGAGUCUUUUUGAAGACGAUGAAGAAGCAGGUGAUGAACAUAUGGCAGAGUCAGGUAACCUUACAUUCAAAGAGAUAUCAAAUGACCAACUUGAUGAAACUCUCCAGAUGAAUCAGACAGCAACUAUGCAGAACUCGGCAGAGCUACUUGGAAUAACGCCCAGAGACAGCUUUGAGGGCAAGAGUAAAGAAGGUAGCUCGCCCAUUCAGAUGGUUGAAUCAAACGUUCCCAUCUCAAACGUGGAAAUUGUUCCUAAGAGAGACUCCUUAGCAGAGGAUGUGAAUCACUUCAUUAAACAAAAUGAAAACAAAGACGAUGAUAGUGGUUUGGUGUUCGCAUCUGACUCGAAUGAAGUCGACAAGAAAGGCAGUAAGAUGCCUUCAUUAGCCUGCAAUUCUAAGAAAGCAAACGAGAUAGAAAGCGAGCCAGAACUUCAUCCUCAUACUCUUUCAUCUACUGUUGAGGACGGUGAACCAUGUACAAGUCAACACAAAGCAGAAAUUAUCAAGAAAGGUCUCAUUUCUACAGGUCCACUUGAAGUAGCCUCACUGGAAGCAGUCACCCUGCCAUUGACAAGUAUGCAGACUCAUCUACCUGAGGAAAGAGAAGAGAAGCAAGUAGAUAGGACAAGCUCUUCAAUAAACUCUGGCUGUAGCCACUUAUCACAAGAGGCUGUACUUCAAAUAACGAGCCCACCGACAUGUCAUUCUGAUAUACCAUUAGAUGGCAGUUUGUUUUCGAAAGGCAUUAAGAAGAGCGAAUCGCCAGUUUCUUAUAAUGCGACAACAUGGCAAAGUCCAGAUGAUAGCAUUGACAGUUCACUGCAUGCACAGACAUUGUUGACUACACCUAAUGGGACUGAUGACUCUAAACCCAACAAGGAUAGUCAGUUGCCCUUUAAAAUCUUAAAAGAUUCCGAAGUAUCCAAUCUGGAAAAGCCAAAUCUCCAGGAUGCACAAGUUGUUUCUGAUGUCAUUGAAAUUACAGCAGAGAACCCUGAAACUAUUCAGGCCGUACAGCCAGAGAUAUUUUCAGACCAUUCCUUGGGUUGUCCAAUAGUCAUGGAUAUGCUGGUUCCUGAAACAAGUUUAACCGGUGAAAAUGUAUUUAACGCAGAGGCUCCUGGUGUAUCUAUUAAAACCAACACAUUAGAACCAAGAGAAGAUAUGGUACCAGAUGGUGCCAUAGUGGAAUCAAAAGCAGACGAAACUCAGAAUUUAGUCUUGAAACGAGGACAAAUUGCAACUGAAGUGAAUACCCCACUAAUGCAAGAAGAGUUACUCAAACUCCGCAUUCUGCUAAACGCUUUCAUCGUCAAACCAUCUGCAUUAGAAAUAGAGGACUUGUACCAAAAGUCAGAAUUAGAAAAAAACUCUCCACCUUCAAAGAAAAACAGUCCAAGGUUUCGCGAAACUCUAAGAGAAAGAUCUCUGAAUAGUGACAGCCCAGAUAGUAGCACCGAGGAACUGACGAUUAUUGAACAGCUUAGAUGUUUGUCAGAGAAGCUUGGCUCUUCACUUCCUGGACAAGAUACACCUUUGAUAAUUGAGAGAGCACGUUCACUUUCAAAUCACUUAGAGAAAGCUCACUCUAGUGUUUAUUCCCCGUCAUUAUUAGAAGAGCUUAAAGAACUCUCCAGUCAGCUAGAUGCAACGCAUUUUCUAACAAUUGAACAGUUUGAUGAACGGGUGCUGUCUUUGGAUCAAAUAAAUCAAGGAAGUGAUGAGGAUACAGGAUCUUUUCAGAGUGCCCAGGAUUUGACACUGUACCAGACUGCAUUGGAGAUCAGGCAGGAAUGCAUCCAACCAACUCCUCUCAAUAGUCUGUUGAUACCUUCUGCUGCUACCAGGCAGAGCACGCCAUUCAGAGUUGACAUUGAUCUCCUAGAGCAAAGCCACACCAAGGUUAUGAGCCCAUUGGUGAGCCCUUUGUUAUUCCAGAGCAUCGAUGACCAACCAGAUGAGCUUGAUGCAGUGUUUCAUGAGAAGUUACACUCUGGAAAAUCAACCCCUGAUCUUGAUGAGGUUGAGAGCGAAUCCGAUGACCAGAAAUCACCUGUAGAUGAUGCCAUGGAUACAGCUGAGCGCGUGAUGUCGGAGAUGACAUCAUUCAAAAUGCAACUAGACAUGCUCAGUGGUAGUGACGCAGCUGAUGAUGACGACGUUGAUGAUGAUAUCGAUUAUGAUUAUUUUAUCGAUAAUGAGAGCUCUAGUGAUGAUAGUGAUGAGGACACCUAUAAAAACCAUGAGAACAAGAAUGACACCUCUCCCAAGAACAGGCAAAGUCUAAGUUCCCGCAGCUCCAUGGAAUGUAUGCUGCCUACCAUUUCUGAGGAGUGUUUGUCAUCAUCAGAUGUUGAUGAACCUGAAGUAAAGGUUACCAUAAAAAGCCCACCGGAAAAAACAAAGCUGGAUAUUUUUCUUGAGGCUAAUGAACCUUUUGAUGAAAACACAGAUCUUGAUCAGGCAGUAGAAUCUCUCCAUACUGACAGCAUCAUUUCACAUACUGCAGAUGUAAACUUGAACAGUGAACUUUCUGAUGAGCCACCUGUGAGCUUGGCAAAGCUCAGGACAGCCACUGUUCAGAAUUUACCUGAAGAGGAGCAGAGAUGGGUUGAAUCGCUGCAUACCUCUCCCCAAGAAGUCCACUUAGCGCAGAGCCAGCACCUGCAGACAGAUUCUGCAUCUGUAGCUGAACCAUUGCAGCCACUGACUGGCAAAGAGUACACUGCCACAAAGGCUAAGUUAAACAUGCUUGUCCGCAUCUUGGGUGGCAACUGGGAAUCAUUCGGUGAGACAUCAUCAGAAGGAUCAGGGCCGUCAUCUCCUGUCAACUCAGAGCCCUUCCUACUCAUGCCUUCUAAGGAUCAGAUACAAGAUGCGCAUGAUGAGGUCGAUGUUGGCUCCGAAAGUGACAAACUCGUGGAGUAUUACAGUGAGGAAGAAUCAUCAGGGAUCAUUACAUAUGAUGAGUCGACACAAACAGAUCUCCUAACUGAAGAGGACAUUGAUAGUCUUGUGGAAAUUUCAGAAAUUUCAUCCGGGACUGACUCCCACGGUGCUCUUCCCACUUCACUCACUGGAGGAUCUUUGGCGAACACAGUUACUCAGACAGCUUUGACGUAUAAAAAUAGUUCAUUGAAGAGACCAGCUUGUACUUCUGAAGCUGUCACGCUGCCUAAAGGUCAACUGUCUUCUGAUGAGGAUGAUGAUAACCAAAAAGCAACGUUUUCCCCGUCUUCAAGUUAUCGACCCAAGCUGCCCGAAAGCCAACUUGUCUUUCCACAACUUUUAUCAAGCAUUACACUUGACAACGAUUUCCUACGAACAAAACUGUCUCUGGAAAAUCUUCCUGAGAUCUUUGAGGACCAUACUGACAGAGUAACUGAAGAGAGAAGCAAAGUGGAUGAUGAAUCCAUGUUGUUGCCUUUGACUAUGUUGCAAACGGAGACUAUUGUGAAUAGAACGGCAGUCAUUCUAAACCAAGAAGAUGUAGACUUCCCUUCAAAUUUGGCUGAAAUCUCUGUGAUACCAGCAGUGGAUGGUCUAGGGGUGGAUGAUAUUGUAGUUCAGAGCAGUCCUACUUAUAAGCAGUCAAAUGUUGAACAGGAUCUUUAUUCUGAGAGUCACGUUGUUGAUCCAGUUAUAUCUGAAGUGGCAAUGCUGCUACCGGUCAUUGAAAUUGUCCAGAAAACAGCAAAAGUUCUCUCAGAUGAGCCAAUUAAUUUGUCUAUUUUGGAAAAGACUGAUGAGGUACAGCCCCACAUUAAUAAUGAGAACGAAAAUGAAGAAAGAGAAGAAAGUGAAACAGUUGUGCCUCUAGCUCAUUUGAUUGAACCAUGUCAUGGAGCCGAUAGACUGUCGCCUUCGACGGAAGGAGAACUGUUGGUUAUUCAAAAUGGAGACACUGUUAAAUCAUUUGUUGAUAGUGUUGCUUGUCCAGAUCAGACCAGUCUGCCGAGUGACAUUCCGGAAAUCUGUUUGCUUGAACCUCAUGAAGAUCACUUGACAAAAACAGCUGCAUUACACAAUGAUAAACCAAUCACCUGGCCAGCAUUGAAAGAAAAUCUCUCCAGCAACCCUUCCAGGACAAGCUCCUUGUUUCAGCCAAUAAGAGAGGAGAGUAAUUCUGCAAGCUCCAAUCCGAAUCCAUCAGCAGAGAAGUUGCUCGAUCCUGAUGAAUCAGCCAAGGCCCCUGAACAUGGACAGACGCUCCAGGUUAUAGGUGAACACGCUGCUGGUGAUACAAGCUUGAGUGAUUUGAAACAGUUAUCCACGGUGAUGGGCCUCUCCCCUCAGAGGUCUUACAGCACAGACGAGGAACUCAUACAGAUCUUCUCAAAAGGGGUAGCACAUUUCAGAAGUCUCAAACAAGAUGCUGUCAAGCCGAGACUGGUUACUGCAUCCACCAAUACAUCUCCAGUGGAAGCCAUUGUAGACCAGCAGGCUUGUAAAGUAGAUGCAGCAGUUAUGACUGAUGUUGCCAGUGAAAAAGCUAAUGCAUACACAAGUAUGUCACCAGACAUAGAACAAGAACCACAUGUGGAUGAAGUAGAUACUGUUCGAGAAUGUAUCACACCAUUAGCUCAAUUGACUGCCUCUCAGUUGCUAACUAAAAUUGUUGAAACCACUCCAAAACAAUCAAAAGCACAGCAGACGAGCAAUGUCACUUUUAUGGAAGAGGAUGAACCCAUCUUUCACCAACAAAAGGAUACACAGACUAACAACAACAUAAGCAAUGCUGGCAGCAGUAUUAAUGACAAAACUGAUUCCACUGUCAGUCGCCAAAAUGCCAUAUCGCCAAAGCUGCAUCCAGAGGAAACUGUUGUAUCUGUUCGCUUAACAGAUAACAAAGGAGACCAGUCAGACUCGACUGAAAUAAAUGACUACCCAAACAAACAAUCCCAGAAAGCAGAGACACUUCCUGCCUCUAGAGGAAUCCAAAGGUUAGGGAAAAGUGACGUAAAUGCAACUCCAUCGCAACCGGAGUCCCAAUUAAAGAAUCCUACUGUCAUCUCUCCUGUUCAUCCUGACUCCACAAAUAAACCACAGGAGAACGAGUCUUGUCUUGAGUUUGAUGAUGAGGAGAAGAUAUUGCUGGAAGAGUUGAGGAGGAGAACUCUCAAGUCUCAGCAGGCAGCUAAGAGGGCAAUGGACUGCGCUCUUCGGCUCCGUCAAAGAAACCAGAGUGAAAAGUCUGACGGUUUAGGACAUUCUCCCAAGGAGCUCAGUGUUACCCCUCAGUUCAAUGAGAAUCGUCUCAUCAUUACCCAAGGUGAGGAUGCUAGUCAGGCUGACCCUGUUCAGACGGGUAGUGCCUCUUCUGAUAGUGAAAAUGACAGAAAUGCCUUCCCAGAGACUCUGCAGUUUGUCAAUGAGUUGGUGAAUAAGGAAUGCACAUAUAAUAUGGAAUCUCAGGAAUUUGCAAGUAAAGUGUCACAGCUUGUGCAAGACACUAAAGACAAUCAAGGAUCACCAUCCAGAAGAAAGACCUCUUAUGUAAACAUUAUCUUACAACAGCCAUCUCCUAUUCCAAAUUUUGAUGAGACCUCAUCGUAUGACACUAUAGAGUCACCCAGGCUCUCCCCAUCAUCUCAAACUGUUAAAGAGGAAGUUGCGGACAUGAAAUCAUCAGAUCAAAGCCCCCUUUCGGAAUCAUUUGUGCCCUCAGUUUUUGAAAGCAUCCAGAGAGAGGCAAUUUGCUGUGCAGAUUCAGACCCGUUAGCUUUUAGGUUUGCAAAGCUGCAAGAUGAAUCCACUUCAAAAGUAAAAAUCAAUAAUUUCAAAGCACAGCAAGACCUUGCCCAACAGGAGAAUGAUAAGCUUCAGGGUCAGUUGCCAUCAAUGUCUGUUUUGGUUGGCCACCGAUCAAAAUCUUUUGCAGGUCCUGAGAACUCAAUGAGAACUGAUUGGCAAGCAUUUGAGAAACCCAGCCCUAGUGUACGUACAGUUCAUGAGAUUUUAUCCCCGACUGAGCUUGUACUGAAGGAGAAAAAGCAUCUUGGUCCAAUCUCAGACGAAAUCAAAAACACGCUGUCAAAAAUGGAAGAGGAAAGUGAAUCAGAGAUUAAUAUGGCUGAAGAAACUGAGAAAAAUGAAGAAACCAAUUGUGGGGAAAAUACAGACAAGGAAGCCAGACAAGAAGAGCAUGAUAACGUGAAACAUGAGAGGCCUUUAUUUCCAACCUUCUCUGACAUCAGCUUCGAUUUGGAGAACAGUGACGAUGAAGACUUGCAAGCUCUCAAGAAAACCAAUGAGAACAUUGACCGUGUCAUUGCUGAAACAUCAAGCAUCGAGUCGGACUUUGAAGAUGACACAGAACCUGAAUUAGCAGCACUCGUUGAUGAUGAGAUCGAUAGUUUCAUUCUUCCAGGAUCUUCAGCAGAUGAAGUUCCCUCUUCUGGAUCCAUUUCGAAAGAACCCCCAAAAGCAAUCUCAGCACCUGCUUCUUGUAUACCUGCUGCAGUAGAAGUUGAUGAUCAAGUAGAGGUAGAAGAAGACAUGGAUGAACCAAAUGAGCAAAUGUCUUGCUUUUGCUUAAGGGGUAUACUCAUUUCACCAGACAAGCUGGAGGGGCUUCUCGCAGACUCUGAGUCUGGGAGCAGCAGCACAAGUUCAUCUCCGAAAGAAACAGAGGAUUCUCAAAAAGAACUUGAAGAGUCGGAAAUGAAAUCUAAUGGAAUGAUUCCUGUUGAUGAUGAAGGAUUGGAGGCAGUAGGAGAGAAGGUGUCCAUCAAUAAACAUCCCGAGUCUAUGCUGAGCUCUCUACAAAAUAAUACCGCUAAGCAGCAAGUUCAAUCAACUAAUACAUACCCUAACUCAGAAAGCUCCUUGGCCGAUCCUAAACAGCCAGAUAAUUCAAAUCAAUGUCGACCAUUCGAGAAGUUCCAUUAUGAACCGCCAACAACUAAACAAGGUAUUUUCCUGCCAGAUUCUAAAGUCAGUUUUGAGCCAGUCACAGAGGUACAAGACCCAUUCCUUCCUGAUAGUAUGGAGAAUGACAUCUUGUCAAAGCCACAACAUUAUACUUGGCCUUUGAGUUUUGGGAACAAGCCAUUAGAAGCCGAUUUAUCUGAAAAGCCAGGAGAGAGUUUGGCAAGAUUGAAGAAUCUCGGGAAUGGUAUUCCAGGUGGAUGGGAACAAUCCAUUGAUGUUCAAGCCUACCCAAUAAUUAAUUAUGAAGAGGUCAUCAAAGAGCAAAAGCUUGUAGACGAAGACAUCAUUGAUGCCAGCAAAGAAGGUGCAGAGAUGCUUAAUCAGAGUUUAACCCAAAGCAGUGGUAUAUUUAGUGCAAGCCCAAGAGAGAACCAAGAAUUCUCCUUCAUUGAGGACAGAGGGAAUGGGGCAGAGAAAGAUGAUGCUGUAUGCUCUGAAACUGAUGAGGCAGACCUGAGCAGGGUUCACCAAGAGUACAGGAACAUCUUGGAAGACAGUCACGAGUCAGAGACGCAGACCACACCCACCAAUGUCUUCACUCAGACUGAUGAAAAGACUGCAUCACCAAGCAGUACCAUCAAUGAUGACAGUGGAGAGAGGGAUGAAUCACCUGAGGAAGCUCAGAGACUUGGAGCAUCUUGGCCUCUUAGAGAAUCCAUUCGAGGAAUAAACACUAGAGUAGGAGACAGGAGAGACAUAGCAGUGGAGCUGAUGGAGGCCAGUCUGAUGCACGGCAUGGGAGAAACGGAUGCUUUCUUGAAGUUUCUGGACGGUGACUUGCCGAUAGAGCAGUGGAAGUCUCCUGAAACAACAAUGAGGCAUCGUCGAAGUAGAAGUCAUGGUGAGCCACUGUUGAAUGACCUGGAUGCUAGUCGGCAUGAACCAAGCCCAAGUAAACACAAGCCUCGAAAGGUUACAAAUAUUACUCCUUCACCAUCUGUUAAGGAAUCUGAAUCGGUUCUCCCAACCCUUCCAGUGAGAUCUUCUCCAGAGAUACCCAGCUCAACAACCCCAUCACCAACAUGCCGACCCAGUGAGCGGCGAAAGUUUCUCCAACAUUUACGAGGCACCAUCAUAUCGGCUACCUCCACUCAGAGGCCAGAGAGAGCCAAGAUUGAUGCACUGCUGCAGGAUUCAUGGCUGGGGACAGAUUCAACAAGACUAGUCACUCCAGGAUCCAAAGAGAAGGCACAAUUACCCAAGGACACCACUAAACCAAAGACAGAUGAUAUUGAAGCACUUCUUGAAGAGUCGAGACUCAUGAGGGAGAAGUCUAGAGCGGAGAUUGCAAAAGCAGAGCAAAAUUUAAGCUACCAAAGACCACGCUCAAGGUUUGACCCAAAGGAGGGUAGAAACAUCCCCAGUGCUCCUCAAAGAGCGUCUACAUCUCCAAGAGAUACUUCAUCACCAGCAGGUUGUGCCAACCCACUUGGAGAUCCGGCAAUGAGCCUGGGUGCCAGACCCAAAUCGGUGGAUGCUCUUUUGAAAGACAGGCAGAGACUGAGAGGAGUUGGAGGGAAGGAAUAUACUAAUGGUCAUCAUGGAAACCCAGAAGACACGAGCAGAUAUGGAAGACCGCACAGUGCCCAUGGCUCCCUGGAUAUGUACAACUGCACGGAUGCUAUUGAAAGAGAAAUCCAGUGCCUUCGUGCAGCUUCAGCUGCCAUGAGCUCCCACCCCUUGACUACCUCCUCCCCAGACCUCCCUACAUGGAGAGGAAGUAGAUCACUCCCACAUACACCGUGCUACACUCCCCCUCCCGUACAACCUCCUACACACCCAUCCCCACCCCAGCCUCAGAGAUAUCUGGCAUCUUAUGAUCGAGCUUCACCAUCAUAUCACUCGACACCACCAAGAAGGGACGAGUCGUUUCAUCCAGACAGCCCGAAGCAGAGUCAAGGCACUACAUCUUCAUAUGGAAGGCUACCGCAUCCUCACACUCUCAUCAUCCCAGUCAUUGCAUUACACCCACCUUCCCCUGAGGAGCUAGACCCAACUUCUAUCCCUGUCAUCGCUCGUGCCAACAAGGUUCUCCAGGCCAGCUACCGCAGCCAUGAUGACCCAUCAUCCACCGAGGUUCCAGACCGAUCGACUCAAGGAAGGGUAGACUCUCCUAGUGCAGCCAGGAGCAAAGAUGCCUCGCCUAGACGAUCUGGACGAAGCAGUCGACGAGGAAGUGGGGAGAGGAGGACCCCUGAGUUGCCCCCGAUUAUUGAAACCCCUCUUGUCACAUUGGACACUCUGUAUCACCUAGUGGCUGAUCAGGCCAUGGAGUUUGUGAUCCGAGAGAUGACUUUGACUGGUAGAAUAAAUCUUAACAAAAGCAAGCAGCCUAACGACUUUAAUGGCUGGAGGUAUCAAGGGAAAGAGAACAACAUUCUUUUAUGGCAAAAAAACAAUAGAUGUUGCCCAUAUAACAGUUUUUUAGGUCUUAGUCUAAUUAAAGCACCUGCUAGUUCCGUCUUCAAUCUUCUCUCAACUACGUCUGAUUACAGCUGUCUACAUAAAGCUAUCAAAAAUGUCAAGUUACUACACAGGAUUAACAGCACACUGAAGGUUGUACACAUUACAUGUGAUAUGGAUCAUUGUUCGCUGCAUAAACAGAGAGACUUCUGCUGCGUCAUCAAACACACCCAACAGCAUGGUAAAUGGUUCAUCGUGGUUUCAUCAGUACAGCAUCCUAUGUGUCCUUCAGGUCAAUCUGCAGUUAGAGGACAGAUAUUGUGUUGUGGUAUUUCCAUGGAGCCAGUAUCUACUGCUGAUGGAGAACAUUGCAGGGUAUCCUAUUUAUCACAGAUUGACCUGAAGGGUGACCUGAAGCCAACCUUAGUCAACCAUCUGACCAGCAGACUUCCACUGUGUAUUGCUCAUCUUAGGGACUGCAUUGAAAUCGGCCAUCUGUGAUAACAGAGACAACUUGAACUAGUCUCCUUGGCCUCAUUUCACCAAGAGUUAGGACUAGUCCUAACUUAGGACUAGUCCUAACUUAGGACUAGUCCUAACUUAGGACUAGUCCUAACUUAGGACUAGUUCUAGGAGAUAUUAAAAAUGUAAGGCUAGUCCAAAGUAAGGACGAGUGAACUCAUCCUAACACUUUGUGAAAUUCCACCAAGGGCCAAGUUUCA